CUAUCACAAGAGAAAUUUACUAUGUCUUGUAGAGGGCUAUAGUCAAAAUUUGAGCAGUUUUGUUUUGGCCGCGUGCGCAAACGGGCUUUACCGCGAAUUUUUGGAAAUGGAAAAAAAGCAAUAUCGGUCGAUGGUUCGAUUUUUGUUUUUGGAAGGCGUGAUUAGCGCAGUGAAAAAAUUGUUUAUACAUUGUGGGCUUUUCUUCAUCAAUGGUCUGUCAAAAAUUGCUUUAACGAUUUGCAUGUCGACGUGUGUCGGGUUUUUACGAGCUAAGCUCAAGUGCACCAAACGGCUAAGAUGGAAGAAAAUGUGGCAAAAGUCCAUGACAAAGGUGUUGACAAACCGCCGAUCAACGAUGCGCGAGAUAGUUGAGUCAGACAUCUUAAAAGUUGUGUUGAGUGACGCGUUUGCUCAUACCCACCAACAACAAGCGUAGACGAAGGUCCAUUUCACACCAAUCCGAAAGAUUUUUUACAUUGUUUCGUGACCGUCGACAAAACAUGGAUCUACUUGUACACUUCAGAGACGAAGGAAAGGCUCAUUCACAUACAAUUUUCUCCGCUUUGCGUGACAGUUCAUACAGAAACAACAAAGCGCAGACAACAAAGGGCCAAUCUAAUAAGGCUUGGAUCAGAGUUACAAUGUAUGUGUCUAGUUUUUUAAAGAAAACUGCUGCAUGAAAUGUUAUACAAAUUGUCAGAAUAUACUUAUAAGACUUUAAAAAAAAAGUCCGCCAAAAUUACAGUUUUCAUACACAAGAAAAACUGAAAAAAUCAAAGUGAUCGGAUGAUUUGUCUUCGAAUUACAACUGUAAUAAUCUAAAUAAGCUGAUUGAACUGAGCGGCUAUACUUUCGCAGUACUCCGUCACCGGCACAUGCUUAUCUAAUCAAAUAUACAACUCAGCGAUGGACUGAAGUGUGAACAUUGCGCGGAAAGAAGUGAGCUAAUCGGGGAACUAUUAUCGAUACUACAAAUCUACUUAGAGAUAUAAAAAAAAUUUUUGGGUGACCAAUCGGUGAUUGAAUUGAGCACGUACACAUUUGUUGGCAUCGCCAUGCGUUAUACUGAACGUGCGUCCAUUAACGCUUCGCUGCUCGAGCGUCGUGGCGAUGAGGAAACGAACGCAGUUGAAAACGUCGCGUACGCAACGAAGGACACGAUGUACAAACGUAAAAAGUGCACAAUACUGCUCGUGAUUCUUGUGAUCUGUGCCAGUUUUCUGGGUAUUGUACAUUUGCUAAGUAUUGCGCCCGAAUUUAAUCAGUACAGAAUAUUACGCGCCUAUCAGCAACAAAUUCAAAAUGAAGCAACAGCUGUCGACGCGGGUCGACCGCGUACUAUACUUUUUUGGAAUAGUUUUUUUAAAAACAAACGUUGGGGUUUCGAUGAGGAUACGCUUGGCCCAGAUUACUUUCGCGAUAAAUUGAAUUGUCCAGUGUACCGUUGUGAUUUGACGAAUAACCGGGACUUUUUGCCCGCAAUUGAAAUGUACGACGCAGUGCUCUUCCAUGCGGCCGAACCGUUUCCUCUAUUGCAUUCCGUGCCCCGCGUACGUGCGCCGCAUCAGCUUUACGUGUUUGCCUUAAUGGAACCGCCGGGCGAGACUAAACAUGUACUCUCCGACGAGGGUGGCUUCUACAAUUUGACCAUGAGCUAUCGGCUCGAUUCGGAUUUGCUGUGGCCCUAUCAAAUAAUCGAAGAUAAGGAAACUGGCGCAGUAGUGGCGCCGGCGAUUCAGCCCAAGUGGCGACAGGUGCCAACCGUGUGGAAUGACACGAACGUUACGCAGUUAUGGGAGGGUAAAACUCGAAUGGCCGCUUGGUUUGUAUCGCAUUGUGAGACGUUGUCGAAACGGGAAAAAUUGGCAGCGGCAUUACAGGAGCACAUUCCCGUGGAUAUUUAUGGGAAAUGCGGCAAUUUCAGUUGCCUCCACAAUUCAAAUAAAUGUGAUGAACUAUUGGAUAAAAGUUAUAAAUUCUAUUUUUCCUUUGAGAAUUCGUUGUGCAAUGACUAUGUGACCGAGAAGCUUUAUAAUGCGAUGCAACGCUAUGUGAUACCGGUCGUAUUUGGUGGUGCUGAUUACAGUCGCUUCGUGCCACCGCACUCUGUGAUAGAUGCUGAAGAUUUCGAAAGCGCUGCAGAACUUGCUGCAUAUCUUCGUUAUGUAGCCACGCAUCCGGAUGAGUAUAUGCGUUACUUCUGGUGGCGACAGUAUUAUCGUCUGAGUUAUCGUUCACCUUUCUGUGACCUCUGUGCGAAGUUGCGCAGUGUGCCUUUUAUGCAGAAAACACAAACAUAUACGAAUAUCGAGAAGUGGUGGAUGGGUGAUCAGUGUCGUUUUGAGGCUAAAAUUAAUUUUUAAUAUUGAGAAAAAAAUGAAUUAAUCUAUAUGUAUAAACUUAGUGUAUGUAUUUUCAGCCUUAAAUUAGCCGUUUUCAUACACUUAAGUAGUUAUAACAAAGAAAAGUGCUGUUGUAUUAUAAAAGCUAUUUCUACAAUAUAUAAAUUAUUAUACCUAUGUGUAUAUUAAGCUGUCUUCGAUUUGCCAAACUCUAAAGAACAGCGAAUCGAACAAACAACUCGUAUAAAUGUGAAAUACUUAUACAUAUCAGAAAGAGAUACAAAAGAGAGACGCUAACAAUAUAUUGUCCUUUGUGAAUUCAAAACAACAAAUUGUAUUAUCACUUUCACAUACAAAUUUCGUUGACAAGAGAGUAGAGCACAAAAAUAGCGAGCCGAGCAGUGGCGAUUCGAAGACGGUUUUAAUAAAUUUUUCAUUUGAAACAGUCCCUAGUUAAUAGUAUAAGAGUAUAAUAUAUUUAGAACAAACAGUAUGUGCCUUCAUAAAUUGCCUUUGUAAGACAUUUCCCACUUAAAAUUUUACACAAAAUGAUUUUGAAUAAACACUUUUAGUAUUGUACUUAAAUCGAUAA